UGUUUUUCUAUUAUAAUAAAUUGGUGUGUUGGACAAGAUGAUGACUGUUUGAGAAUGUGCAAAAUAAAAUGUUUAACGAAAGAAUGCCAAGAGAAGUGUUGGGUACAAGAAUGCAAAAAAGAAAACAUAUCGUAUCCAUAUAAAGGAAAUUUAACACAAUCGUUUGAAGGAAAUGUUGACGUCUCUAUUAAGAUAAAUAAUACCUUGAGGAAUGCACAAAAAAUUGAAAAUCCCGUUAGGAUUUUUAGUACAAGUAUAAAUAAUAUUAAAAUUAUUGCAAGUGCUGAAAUCAAUGAUGAUAUAACAAUAAACGAAAAAAUUCUUCAACCUAAAACUGAAAAUUUUAAUAAAAACGAAACCAAAAAUCAAACAAAAACUAAUUUAACUCCAAAAUUUGAAAAUCCAAACUUAUAUUAUCGAAAUAAUCAAAUUCCUUUCAAUUAUUAUUAUUACAUACCACCUCAGCGAUAUCAUUUAACACAUCCAACAAAUAUCCAACAAAACCCACAAAAACCUCGAAUUCAAUCACCGUGUGAAGGGGGUUUGUUAAAGUGUUAAAUAAAAUAUUUACCUUCCCAUUACGAAACAUGCAAGAAAUUCGCUUUUUAGAAUUGCUGUGUACCUAAUGUUCAACUCUAAAUAAUACUUGAGUCAAUAUGUAUGUACGAGAUGUAAGGAAGAUAAGCAAUUUGGAACGUUGAACUGAAGCUAACCUAAAUAAUAUCCGCAAAUAUUGUAGUGUGUGGAUGUUCUAAACCGUUCUUUUGUAGAAAAUAAAAUUUUUUAAAUAUAAUAUGUAAAUUUAAAUUUGAAUAAAAUCUUUGUAAAUAUCGAAGAUAUUUGGCAACAAUAAGGAAAUUAUUUUUAU